AUGAUGAACCAGCUGCUGUCCUUCCUGCAGCCUGCCGUCCGGAAGCCACGAUAUUCAAUCCGACCAUUUUACACCACGUUGUUGGUGUUUACACUUAUUGCAAUAACGAGUUGGUUCCUAACUGGUACUACAAAUGAACAUGGGCAGUUUGCGCAACCUGAUACAGGGCCGCAUAUAAACCUGCUCAAACGAGAGGGCGAACUAGAGUGUCGCUUAGUUCGCAACGUCAAAAACCAGUGUGCAUACGUCCGCGCCAACUGCCCCGAUCACGAGGAUGGUCUAAUCUCCUACCUUCAAUUCUACUAUUGCGGGCUGGCCAAUGCAAAACCGGUAGCAUUCGCGAUAUUGAUCCUGUGGUUAUCGAUGCUCUUCAGUACCAUAGGUAUCGCGGCAAGCGAUUUCUUGUGUAUCGAUCUGAGUACAUUGGCUAGCAUUCUAGGAUUGAGCGAGAGUCUCACUGGCGUGACAUUCCUCGCAUUUGGCAAUGGAAGUCCUGACGUGUUUUCCACUUUCGCCGCCAUGCGGUCGAAUAGUGGGAGCUUGGCAAUCGGUGAGUUAAUCGGCGCGGCCACUUUCAUCACGUCCGUUGUCGCGGGCUCCAUGGCAUUAGUUCGGCCAUUCAAGGUCGCGCGGAGAAGUUUCGUCCGAGACGUGGGCUACUUCAUAGUGGCCGUCGUUUUCAGCAUGUUUUUGUUGGCCGAUGGGAAACUUCAUGUAUGGGAGGCAGCUGCGAUGGUAGGCUUGUACGCCUUCUAUGUCGUAAUGGUGGUAACGUGGCACUGGUAUAUGGUACGGCGACGCAGAAAGCACGAGAGAGACCUCGCAGCGCGAGCUCACUUUCAUAUACCGGAAAACCAAGAGCUGGAGAUCGAAGAGACCAUCGAGGACGACGAUCCCGGUGUAGCGUCAGAGUCACGAAGUCUGCUCCGCGGAGCCUCAACUGAGGAUUUUGAUAUUUUGGAGCGUGCUGAGGCUGUUCCUCUAUGGAAAGAAGAUGACGAGGAGGACGAGGAGGAUGACGAAACACGAAACCGGUACUUGGCCGAGAUUCGUGAUAACAUGCACGUCUAUCGGCCCAUGCAAACGAGGCGUAAUACAAUGAAUCCCAUUCGGGCAAGUCUUGUCGGGGCAUUAGAAUUUCAGUCUGUUCUACACUCGCUGCAGAAAUCGAGAAACACGAAUCGCAAUACGUCAAUAAGCCUGAACAGCUAUUCAGACGACUACGAGUCCGAUUUUGACACACGCUCAGUGGCAUCGCAUCCUCGCGCCAGUCGACCAUCUGCCACUAACGACCGCCUGUCGCCGUCUAGUGCAGCAGGUUCCUCUCGAGUUCGAGCUGUAUCGGCGAACGAUGCCGUGGGAUUGAAAAUUGACUCCAGUGUUUUGGAGCCCCGACCAACACAGGGUCCACUGCUUACAGUGAGCAGACCUUCUUUUGAGGAUACUUCGGGACAAGAAGCCAUGCGGUCGCGCCAUCUCCCUCAAAUUGAUACUGGGAUGGCGCUGGAUGUGUCGCGUGCGAAUCGGUCGCCAAGUCCUCAAACUCCUGACCGGCUCGCCCCAUCAGACGUUUUUAAUUCCCCCAAUUACAACAACGGGGGGAUAAAUGAACGGUCCCCAAUGUCAGUAUCUCCCAGGGGCAAUACGACGCGCCGUCAUUCAGGCUUUGGGUUAGAAAGCCCUUCAGUGCCCUUCCCAUUGUAUACUGAUAUACCCUCCAUGGAAUUCUCACGACCACCCAGCAUUCGACUUCCAAAUUCAGCUAGUCAGUUAGAACUGCUACAAGUUCACGACGGGUAUGACGAUUUCGCUCAUGUAGGCCUCCCUUUUCCCAAAUACCUGAGGAAUUGGUGGCCUGACUCGAUCCCCCCUCCCCAGCAGAUUGGUUGCACGCUCUUCCCGACCCUGGCGGGCUGGAAGUCUAAAAAUGUUUGGGAACGACUGCUCGGUAUUAUCGCAGCUCCUAGUGUCCUGCUUCUUACCAUAACGGUCCCCGUCAUUGAGCCAGAGGCACCAGAGUCGGUGGAACUGGAUCCCAUACCCUCGGUGAUUAUUCAGGACGUCAGCGAUGUAGACCAUCCCUCCCCAAGGGUUAGACUUCCAGCCGAUAGUCCAGUGAUUAUGGCCCAGGCACAUGACUACGCCGGGUCAGCUUCUAAUGCGCCGCCAACGCACCACCAUCGAAAGUCCUUUCAUGAACACACUGGUCGCCCGCGAUGGGACUCGGAACUCCCGGCAGUGCCGAGGCCAGCUUCACCUUCUGCGCAUCCUGUACCAACAAAGGACUGGAAUCGCUGGCUGGUUUCCAUCCAGCUUUUCACAGGUCCCUUCUUCGCCGUGCUCAUCACCUGGACGACCGUGGACGAAGAUCGUCGGCUGCGCAACCUCAUCCUCCCCUCCCUUGUCUCCCUCUUAUUCUCUUCCGUCUGUCUCACAGCCCUGAUCAUAAGCACUCGCCGUCAACGAAACCGCCGUCGUCCCAGUGAAGAUCUUUCCAUCCCUUUCCUCCCGCGUACAUCCCAAACCGACAUCCUCAGCCUCCCACCGCAAUGGCGGCCCUUCCUCUCCCUACUUGGCUUCCUAGUCGCCAUAUCCUGGAUCGCGACGAUCGCUACAGAAGUUGUGUCUCUCCUCAAAACCAUCGGAGUUAUCCUAAACAUCUCUGAUUCCCUACUUGGAUUGACCAUCUUCGCCGUCGGAAACUCGCUAGGCGAUCUAGUCGCUGAUAUCACAGUCGCCCGACUCGGAUAUCCGGUCAUGGCUUUGAGCGCCUGCUUCGGUGGACCAAUGCUCAACAUCCUCCUGGGUAUCGGUCUUGGUGGUCUGUAUAUGACCAUCAAUGGCGGGAACCAGAGACACAAUGAGGGGCUGCAGGGUAUCGCUCCUGUGCAGGCCCCCUAUGAUAUCGCCAUCUCCAAGGUGCUUGUUAUCAGCGGCGCGACGCUUCUGGUCAUCCUAGUUGGGCUCUUGAUUGUUGUUCCUUUGAACAAUUGGAGAAUGGAUCGCCGGAUUGGGUGGGGUCUUGUCGCUGUAUGGUGUGUGAGUACCCUAGGCAAUGUGAUUGCGGAAGUUGUCUUGUGA